AGGCAGGAAGGUAUCGGAAAAUAACGAAAGAAACCUCCUGGUUCGCCCCAUUGUGAAUUAGCCCCGUCGUGCAGGCACCGGAGAGCCUGGAGAGAGAAGCGGCAGAAGGAGAUGGACGGCUCCGGCAGUUGGGAGUCUCUUCUCGUCGAGUGGACUCCGGAAGAGUUGCGCCAGUCUGAGUCGCAUUCGCAUGGCAUGACUGAGUUCCUAUUGGAGUCUGAGGAUGUUCUCGUGCAGGGACACGGUGUUGUUCUAGUCAAUACUGAUGUGGCGGGAACACUAGCAGUUACAAACUUCCGCAUUCUCUUUGUGAGUGAGGUGUCACAGCAGGUAAUUGAAUUAGGUACCAUCCCAUUGGCAACAAUUGAAAAAUUCAGUAAAUAUGCUGUGAAGCUCCCAUCAGCUCCUCGUCAAUCUAUUAAGGCACCAUCCCGUCGUCUUCUUCAAGUUGUUGGGAAAGACAUGAGAACAAUUAUGUUUGCAUUUCGUCGGAAAUCCAAGCAGAGACGAGCGGUGUUUGAUGCCCUUUGUGGACUUACAAAGCCAGAACAGCUGAUGGAUCUAUAUGUGUUUUCUUGUGGUCCUUCUACAUUUAAGAAUAGUAAUCCAAAAUUACGGUUACUUAAGGAGUAUUAUAGGCUUUUGGGUAAAGGGUCUGUCGAUGUAUCAAGCACUGCAGUUGAAGAUGGAUCCCUGUCUGCUUCAAAUGGUUUGUGGAGGGUUACUUCAAUCAAUUACAAUUAUACUUUAUGUUCCACAUACCCUUUUGCAAUAAUUGUUCCAAAGAGUAUAAGUGAUGAGGAAAUACUUCAAGUUUCUAGUUUCCGUGGUAGAUGUCGCUUUCCUGCAAUUUCUUGGUGUAACCCUGGAAAUGGCGCUGUUCUUGCACGAUCCUCACAGCCAUUAGUUGGUCUUAUGAGUCAGAGGAAUCUUGCAGAUGAGAAGCUUGUAGCUGCUCUUUGUACAAAUGGCCAUAGAGGUACCAGAAGGAAGCUCUAUAUCGCUGAUGCAAGGCCUAGGAAGAAUGCUCUUGCCAAUGGUGCUAUGGGAGGAGGUUCUGAGUCAUCAGCUAACUAUUUUCAAUCUGAGGUUUGCACUCAAGUUUUUUUUCUGGGCAUUGAAAACAUUCAUGUUAUGAGAGAUAGUCUUGUUCGUCUCAGAGACUAUUUGGAUACCCAUGGAACAACAUCAUCUGAUGGAAUGUCAUCUUUUCUGAGAAAUGGAGGUUCUACUUGGGGCGGUGGCAACCUAAGUAGUAUGUCUGCAUCUGUUUCCACCCUUGGCGAUAGUGGUUGGUUAAUCCAUGUACAAAGUGUUCUGGCUGGCUCUGCUUGGAUUGCUGCAUGCAUUGCACUGGAAUCUGCAUCAGUUCUUGUGCAUUGCAGUGAUGGAUGGGAUCGAACAACUCAACUGGUCUCACUUGCUAGCAUAUUGCUCGAUCCCUAUUAUCGGACCUUCGAAGGUUUCCAGGCACUUGUGGAAAAGGAUUGGCUUGCAUUUGGACAUCCAUUUGCAGAUCGCAUGGGAUUUCCAACAUUAUCUGGAAAUAACAGCAUGCCUGAGUUAACCAGGCAAUCUUCUGUUGGAAGCUUGUCAUCAUCACCAUUAAGAAUUCCUUCGGGUUCAGGGUUCACAUCAUCAGCUGGUAAUACAAGUCAUGGUCAGACAUCAACUAACUCUUCCCCCAUAUUUUUGCAGUGGAUUGAUUGUGUCUCGCAGCUAUUACGCAUGUAUCCAUAUGCUUUUGAGUUCUCUUCAGCUUUUCUGGUUGACUUCCUGGACUGUGUGCUUUCUUACCGGUUUGGGAACUUCUUGUUUAACAGCGAGAAGGAGAGGCAGCAAAAAGGUGUUGCAGACACUUGUGGGUGUUUAUGGGUAUAUUUGGCACAUUUAAGAUUUGGUGCAGAAGACUCUCAUGUCCACUAUAACCCAUUCUUUGAUCCAGUGAAAUAUGAUGGCGCAUUGUUGCCUCCAGCAGCAGCAUUAGCUCCCACUCUUUGGCCUCAAUUUCAUCUGCGUUGGGCUUGCCCUACAGCAGCAGGACCUGAUGAGAUACAAUCUCAGUGGCGUACCAUGACUAAGAAAUUCUCCGAAACUACAAAGGAAAAAGAGACAGCAGAAAUGGAGGUUAAGGAGCUCCAGUUAAAAUUGGACUUACAAGUGUCAGAAUUACAAAAAGAAAGACAGCUUCGCAAUUCAGCUUUAGCCAUGGCUAAAAGAACCAACAGGGAAUGUCUUGCUAUAAAACGAGCAGUACAGUCACUUGGCUGCAAAGUGAAUUUUUUAGGGGGUGGGAGUGAUGCAGUGAAUACUUCAUGGUUAGAAACAAGAGAAGGAUCAUCAUUCUCUUCUAGAAGCGACUCUGAUGCCAGAGGGCAUCCUGACGAAAAAGCUGAUCUAUCUGUUAUCAUUUCAGCUACUGAGGAUAGCAGGGUAUGUGACUUCCCCGACAGCUUUGUAUGUGAGAGCAUUUGUCCCUUGCGUUCAAGAGAGGGUUGCAAGUGGCCUGAUGCUGCAUGUGCUCAAUUUGGUAGUCAGUUUGUUGGAUUGAAGGCUAACUUCGAUGCAUUCGACAGACUUUCAAUUUAUGAUAGCUAUUUUGGAGCCGAUUAGUUUUUCAUUACCUUCAUCUUAGCAUCCUAUUGAUGGUCAUCUUCCUUCCUGUUGUCUGAAGAACACAUCCACUAAUCACUGACGACACCAUCUUAAGCCAUAUGUUAGCCACUUAAAAUGACCAGCUUGCUAUACAAGGGACAAGUAGCUGGAUAACUGUGAGUGGCUAAGUAUCAACUUUGCCGUGAAUGGAAGGUUGGCUUUGACCUGAACGAAUAAUCCAAAAUAUCUUGUCAUUUGUUCAUACGUCCUCCAUAAGCGUAACUGUGCCCUGUUAAUAUUUUUUACAGAGCGCAUCACAUGUUUUAGGAGUAUACGAGUCAAAACAGUGAACAAGUUUAUUCUUUGUAAGCUGGAUGUAAUUGGCUAUGAUGAUUGAAAUAAUCUGCUCUAUUAGUUAAUCCAUAAUAUUGGUUUGAGAGAAUUCUCAAUCCAAAUUCUUAUAUCGUUGGA